AUGCACGUCAGGAGUGAGUUGGCUGGUAACUCGUAUCCGCCCCGGCUGCCUGCCCUUGCCCUAGUAGUAGUACAAGUUCCCAACGUGUCGCGUCUCCCUUUCGCUUCGCUCCCACUUCUCCCCAAACCCAUCUCGCAGCUCGUCUCGUCCCCAUCGUCUUCGCCACUGGACACGACCGCAAACCCUAGGCGCCGCCGCCCUCCCAGGCCCCCAGGGGUGGUAGCAAACCAGGAGGAGGAGGAGAUCGGAAGGAAAGCGGAUUUAUGUCCCAGCGAGGGGACAGGGGCGAGGGCCACGCGAGGAGACCCGCCCGCUCUACCAGCUUCGGCCAAGGACACCGCGGAGGCGGAGUCGGCGGCGCCGCGAGCAAGGGCGGCGGGGGCACCUCAGGUGGCCAGCCUCCCCUAUCAUCUAACCGAAGCUUCGGCAAGCCUCGCAAUGGCCACGGCGGCCACCAGAGGGUCGUGAACCAGCCUGACACCACCGGCUUCCAGCCCGCCCCGGCGCCAGGGCCCCUGCAAACGCCGC